AACUCUCACGCGUCGAGUAGUCGUCAGGACUCGAGGCCAUAUGCCGAGCUGAACUGAUGAGAUUUCCCUUCAUCUUUCUGCUUUGACUUCAACUUUCUCUGCAAAUUCAAGCCAAAGGUUCAUGGUCUUUCGUCUCUCAUGGCGAACUUAGUCGUUCGCUCCCUCUCGAUCAUACCUACUAAUUGAAAGGCCUCUUGAGGCCUUUUCACUGUCUCUACUUGUGCGAAUCUCUCACUGUUUGUUUAUCCAAAGCUUCCCCUCUCUUUUCGCUUCGAUUCUAUAACUCUCUCUGUCUCUCUCCUCUUCCUAAUGCCAAUAACUUUCGAUUUUACGUAGCCACUGUCUCUGCAUAUCUUUCUCUCUCUCUCUGAUGGAUGCUAGGAUUGGAUUUUCCGAUUCCAACGAAAUCAGCAAUGGCAGUAGCAUAUGCUGCGUCACCACCAACGCCGAAACCCUCUCCUCCGAGCCUUCAGCACCUCCGGAUGUCUCUGCCCUUCGCCGCCUCUCUGAGAACCUCGAAUCGCUUUUCGACUCUCCCGGCUCCGAUUACUAUGCCGACGCCAAGAUCAUAGUAACUGGUAGUAGCAGCAGUAACGGGCGAGAAAUCCCCGUCCACCGGUGCAUUCUAGCGUCCAGAAGCCCUUUCUUCAAGAACGUGUUCGCCACUUCGGCGAAAGAGAUCAGAGGCGUUGCCGAGUUCGAAUUAAAGGAGCUGGCGAAAGAGCAUGAGGUUGGGGUCGAUGCGGUGGUGACGGUCUUGGCUUACUUGUACAGCGGGAAGGUGAGGCCGUUGCCGAAGGCUGUUUGCGUCUGUGUCGACGAAGAUUGCCAGCACGUGGCGUGUAGGCCAGUCGUGGAUUUCAUGGUGGAGGUGCUCUAUGCCUCUUCUACGUUCCAGAUUUCUGAACUUGUUGCUCUUUAUCAGAGGCAGUUGCUAGAUAUUCUUGAAAAGGCUGCAGUAGAUGACAUUUUGUUGGUUCUAUCUGUUGCAAACAUGUGCGGUAAAGCAUGUGAAAGAUUGCUGGCAAGGUGUAUUGAGAGUAUUGUUAAAUCUGAUGCUGAUACCAUUACUAUUGAUAAAUCUCUUCCCCAAGAUAUUGUCAAACAAAUUGUGGAUUCAAGAAAAGAACUCGGCUUGGACAAGCUCGAAAGCAAUAGUGUUCCAGAUAAACAUGUGAAGAGAAUACAUAGAGCCCUGGAUUCAGAUGACGUUGAGUUAGUCAGAAUGCUACUGAAAGAGGGGCAUACUACUCUAGAUGAUGCAUUUGCGCUCCACUAUGCAGUGGCAUACUGUGAUGCAAAAACCACAACUGAGCUUCUUGAUCUUGGAAUUGCUGAUGUGAACCAUAGGAACCAAAGGGGCUACACCGUGUUGCACAUUUCUGCAAUGAGAAAAGAACCUAAGAUCAUAGUGUCCCUCCUAACGAAGGGAGCCAGACCAUCAGAUCUUACAUUGGAUGGUAGAAAUGCGCUUCAGAUAUCAAAGCGGCUCACUAAGGCUAUGGUUUAUGACAAACCCCCAGAGGAAGGAAAAGCUUCUCCCAAGGAUCGGUUAUGCAUAGAGAUACUGGAGCAAGCAGAACGAAGAGAUCCAUUGCUAGGAGAGGCUGCUCUUUCUCUUGCUAUGGCAGGCGAUGAUCUCCGUAUGAAAUUGUUGUACCUUGAAAAUAGAGUUGGACUGGCGAAACUUCUAUUCCCCAUGGAAGCAAAAGUUGCAAUGGAUAUUGCUCAAGUUGAUGGCACUUCUGAGUUUCCUUUAGGCAUCAAAUCUAAGAAUUUGGGCUAUGCCCAGAGAACAACUGUAGACUUAAAUGAGGCACCUUUCAGGAUUCAAGAGGAGCAUUUAACUAGGAUGAAAGCACUCUCUAGAACUGUGGAACUUGGAAAACGCUUCUUCCCUCGCUGCUCAGGCGUCCUUAAUAAGAUAAUGGAUGCUGAUGAUAUUUCGGAGCUGGCAUACCUGGGUAGUUCCAAUCCAGAGGAGCGACUAUUGAAGAAACAAAGGUACAUGGAGCUCCAAGAAGUUCUAAGGCAGGCGUUCAAUGAAGAUAAGGAGGAGUUUGAGAAGUCUGCCAUGUCAUCUUCAGCGUCUUCUACAUCCUUAGGGGUGGCGAGGUCUAAUGGUAAGCUUACCAUCAAGAAAUGAGUAGUUGUCAAAUAUAGAGACGCAAAAUACUUCCUUUUGUUGUUGUACCAUAUAGUUCGUUUUCAUACUUCUCUUUGUUAUGUAUGUCAUUUUUAUUUUGUCUGUAACUUAAGUCUGUAUUUAAUUGUUUAUAGGAAGAGGGGAACUUGAAUGUUGCCUAAUUGUUUUAGAGAUUUGGAGUGGUGAUUUCCUUUCUGGUCUUUCCUUUAAUUUUCCCCCCCUCGAACUUUUUGUGUAACAUGGAAAAGGUCCUGAAAAAAUGCAGUUCAUGUACUAA